GAAAAAUAGAAGAAGUGAUCUGAUUGGUUGCUAUUGGCAACUGGUCAACUUUUCCUCUCCACAGGUUUUGAUUCCUGAUUGUCUUCAUAUAUAGAAUGAGAAUCUUCUGACACAUGCCAGCUGUUGCUGGUCAGAAUAGACCUGGUAGCUGAUUGGUUGUUCUGGUUCAAGCGGGAACAAUGAACGGAAUAUAAGUCAGGUCAGCGGGAGUGUUGGUCCAGAUGUUCCAGACCUGUGAAGAAGAAACAUCAGCCCUGAAGAUGGAUUUACAGUAUGAAGAGGCCGGGACGAGGGAGGCGACCCCCGAAGUGAAUGCUCUCUACCUGAGGCUGCUGGAGCGAGCUGCCGGCGCUGGAGGAGAAGAUUGGCUGCGCAGAUGUCUGGGAGAAGCCUCGACCGGAGCAUCGCUGGAACAGCCUUCAGAGGACAUUGCUGCUGCGGGACCUGAGGACUUCAUCGCCGACGCGGAUGUGGAGAAUCGUCGCACUCAAGUUCCGGCGCUGGAAGGGGCGGAGCUUACGCGUGACAUCACGGAGCGUCCGACUGCCGAAGAUGACGUCGCCGGAAGUUCAAGGAAUGCCGGAUCUUCUGCAGGCCAGCUGUGCCGCUCUUCACGGAGCGUGAGCAGGCCUAAAAGGGCCCUUUCUCCUGUAGCGGAGCCCAGCUGCAGCAGAGGAGCUGUGAAGAGGAUCCCCGCCCAGCCCGCCCGGAGUUCUAAAGGGGGCUCGCCGAGACCUGCAGCUUUGUCAAGGGAGCAGACCGGUCAGAGGGCGCCUAAUGUCACUUGCCAUAAACUACUAUGCCAUCCCAUGUCUGACAGUUUGUCAUUGAGUAACAAUGAGCCACCGAGGAUGAAAGCUGACAUAUCAUUUAAAGGGAGACUUUGGACCAGCUAAUGGGACCGAGCCGUUCCAGAAUGUCCUCUCUUUUUUUUGUAGGCUCGGCAUGGCGGCUGAGUCAGGUCACAGGGACAGAGUCUUAUUACAGUCAGCAGUGCCCGUCCUGCAAUUCAGACAUUAAAGUGCAGUAUUUUUCAAUUAGAGCUGACGAAUUCAAUCAAAAUUCCAUAGAUUAGGAUGAAAUGAGGCAUGGGUCAUUUACACGAGAUUUAAUUGCAGGGCUAUUAGACAAAUAGUAUAUCUGCCACUCUCACAUGAUCUAUCAUUUCAAACAUCAAUAUCUGAGGCACAUCUAGCCUAAUAUCACCUCCCUCUGAUCACCCCAGACCUCCCCCCUCCCCGCUCAGCUGUGCUGCUCUUUUGAUGAGGACCGGAUUCAUUUAAACCAGUGGGUGUCAAAGAUUAAUGUGAGGUGGGGUGGGGUGUGUUUCGGAGUGUACGCCACUCUUUUACUUGUUUUUCAGUGUAUCGCAUUGUGUUAAGGAAGGCGUCGAUGAAAAGAUUAUCCCCUCAGUACUGGGACAUUUGUCAACAACACCCUAAAGAAAGAACGUUGCCACCAUAGACCAAAGAUUAUCACACCAAUGGAGGGAUUAGCCAAAUUAUUGACAUCCCUGUGAUCACUUAAACUUUGGAAUUUUAGAACAAAGCCAAUAUAUUGUCAAUUUCCAGAAUGUUGUCGAAAAUUCAAACUUGAAGUCCAAAUUACAGAUAGGUGCUUCCCUCUCAGCUCCGAGGCUAUCCUACUUAUCUCCGGCCUGGCAUUAAGGGAUAAAUUGUCACAACUGUGUAUUUUAUUAUGACAAGGAUUCUCUAAAUCAGAUGACCGAGGCAUUUCAGAUCCAUCUUAUGUGUGUUGAGAAGACUUAUGUUUGGUGUUGAGGUAAUGGGGUGCUCAUAUCUAUUGAUAUUGUAUUCAUAUUCUAACCAUGAGAGUUGUGAAAUCUCUUCCUAUAAUGAAGGAUCUCAAAUAUUUCCUAUGGAGGUUUAAGAGCCUUGGGUCUAAUGACCAUACAUACGAAUGAGGGGUCCAGGAUCUGUAAUGAGAA